GAGCCAAAAUAGCCGGAAUAAAUUGCCCCUACCCACCUGCGCAUAUCUCCUUCGUCCUGCUCAGUUCAACUUUAUGAUUUGGAACUCCUCUCGUUUUACCAGAUACAUCUACAAUACAAAAUCUCUCUGCUGCCAUGAAUUGAUUAGCAAUUUAGCAGUAGAAUAAAUUAUCUAUUUAGUUUAAGUUUUGAAGAAAAUCUCAACCCUAGGUGGUUAAUUUUAUCAAUCGCAGUCUGAUUACGGAGGAUGGCCGGUGGUUCCCACGCGAAAUCAUCCGCUUCUCACCGCAAAUCACGCUGGGAAUCCUCCUCCAAUAAUCGUCCACCACCGUCAGAUUCCAAAUCCAACGACCAAAAACCUCCAUCAUCAAAUUCAAAUCCAUCUCCCAAGAACCGUAACACCACCACUACCGGUCCAUCUCCCAAACCUACUCCUCCUAACAACAACACUUCACAGCCUACUCCAGCGGGUCCCACAUUUCCCUUCCGCCAUGACCAGGCUCCACCACCGCUACCUCCGCCUCCGCCUGCAUACGGCUUUCACAUGCUGGAGCGUCGCACCAUCGCUCUCGCCGACGGAAGCGUCCGCUCUUACUUUGCUCUCCCGCCUGAUUACCAAGACAUCCCCCUUCAUCAUCGCCUUCCGCCGCUGUUCUCGCGCUUCCCUCCUCCUCCUCAUCAUCAUCCUGAUUUUAGCGGUCCCCGCUUCCCUCCUAUGAGCCCCGAAGGGUUAGGGUUUCGUGAAAACAAUAAUAGUAAUAAUAAUAAUAAUAAUAAUAAUAAUAAUCAAAAUAAGAGGAAGUUUGGUGGUGGUGAGGAGGAAUUUAGGUUUGGUAAUAAUAAUAAUCAUUUGGCGGGAACAAGCACCAGUAAUAAUAGUCCUUUUAAGAGGAACUUUGUUGAUGAUUCUAGAGCAGGAAAAUUCAUGAGGAUUGGUGAUAAUUAUAAUAAUGUUAAUACUACUGUUAAUAAGCAUCUUGAAGUUGAUCAGGAUAAGCUUAACAAGCUUUUUUUGCAUUUUUCUAAAUUGAUUAAUGAGAAUGAGGCUGACAGAAGGCGGUAUUUGGAGAACGGCAAGCAAGGGAGAGUUACCUGUAUUGCUUGCGGCAGGUUAUCCAAAGAAUUUCCAGACACACAUGCUCUGGUAAUGCACACAUACAACUCAGAUAAUGCUGACCUGCGUGUGGAUCACUUGGGCUUACACAAAGCUCUAUGUGUUCUUAAGGGAUGGAACUACUCAAAGCCCCCUGAUAAUGCGAAGGUCUAUCAGUUCUUACCUGCUGAUGAGGCAGCAGCAAACCGGGAUGAUUUGGUUAUGUGGCCCCCUAUGGUGAUAAUUCAUAACACAAUUACAGGAAAGGGUAAAGAUGAGCGUAUGGAAGGUUUGGGAAACAAAGCAAUGGAUAGCAAAAUAAGAGAUCUUGGAUUUCCUGGUGGCAAGUCAAAGUCCUUAUAUGGAAGGGAAGGUCAUCUGGGCAUAACCCUUAUAAAGUUUAGUGGUGAUCAAACAGGCCUGAAGGAGGCUAUGAGGCUGGCAGAACACUAUGAGAAGGAAAAUCUUGGUCGUAAGGCUUGGGGGCGCAUCCAGCCUGUGACAUUGGGCAAGGAUGAUGAGAAGAACCCAAACCUUGUAAAGGUAGAAAGGAAUGGGGAGAAAAAGAGGAUUUUAUACGGCUAUCUUGCAACCGCCGCUGAUCUCCACAAGGUUGAUUUUGAAACAAGGAAGAGAGUAACAAUUGCGAACCAGAGAGAGUAUAAAGCAUCCACGUAGAAUUUAAAUGACAUACGAGGUACAAUUUUAUCUCCUAAUUUUAUUUAUUAACUUUAUUUUUUUUGAACUAUGUUUUCCGCUGGGGAUGAUCAAGAGAGCGCAAUGUUCGUGUCUUGCUCAACUAAACUACCAGCUAAUUGGCUUGUGAUAAUAAUGUAUCCUAAUUCAUAAUUAUGUAGUUUAUGCGAAUUGAUGAUCCAAGAUUUUUACCAACUUA